AUGGCGUUCUCAACGUCUUUUUUCACCCUCGACCCAGAAGCUGCGACGGGCAAUAGCAAUCAGUCACUACCUUCAGACAGUCAAACCACAAUAAAAAUGGAAAGGUCAAACAGUCCACAGACCGUACGGGAAGAGGAGCAACCCGCAGCAGAUUUGCCCACUCUUUCUGCUCAAGCCAAUUUUUCGUCCUCUGAAGAAACACAAACAAAGCACCCACCCCCCAGCAGUGAAUACGGCUUUGAUCAGGACUCGAUUGCUGGCGACUCUACGAAACCAACCACGACCAAGCCUCCAGUAAGCAGGAGGAAAAAGGGAACUGCAACCAUCAUCAAACCACCAAAAAGAUCCCGCCCCGGCGGCAAUACCAGCAUGGGCCCAAAAAAGAAGGCAGGCAAAACCACCAAGAGCGUAGGAUCCGGCGCCCCAUCACUCAAUGGAGAUAUCGGCAGCGACCUUGCUGGAGGAGCCAGCGAGUCUGACAGCGGGCCGUACUGCCUCUGUCGCGGACCUGAUAACCACAGGUUCAUGAUAGCGUGUGAUCGCUGUGAGGACUGGUUUCACGGCGACUGCAUCGGCAUGGAUAAGUGGACUGGCGAGAAUCUCGUCCAGAAAUACAUCUGUCCCAACUGCAGCGAUCCCGAUCGGGGCUAUGUCACCCGCUACAAAAAGAUGUGCAGCUACUCAAGCUGCAAGAACGCCGCCCGGGUUGGCGACCCUGAGCGCCCAUCCAUAUUCUGCUCAGACGACCACUGCCAAAUGUGGUGGAACGACCUCGUCUGCAUCAUUCCCAAAGCCUCAAGAUCCAAAUCCAGCAAACCUACCAGCAUCCUAGACGACCUCACAAGAGAAGACUUCAUAUCCCUCCUCGACUCGCCUGUCAUGGCUUCAUACUACCAACAAGCACAACAACAGACCUCCUCCACUCUCUCCAUCAUUCCCGGCCAAGCAAACCUCUCCCUCCCCCCCGACUUCUGGACCAACCCCCCACCCAACCUCCUCACCCCAGAACAAGAAGACUUCCUCUCCACCUCCCUCGCGAAACGACAAGAGUUAGGCGAGGAGAUGCUCCUCUACAAGAAAAUGCUUGAGCUCAUCAACAUCGCCAUCGAGCGCAGAGACACCGCCAUCUCGUCCCCUUCCACACCCUACAACAAAGACGUCUGUGGUUACGACGUUCGCCUAGAUCACAUUGGGACGCCGCACCAAUUUUCCCUCUUUCUCCAGACUGACUCGGCGGCUAAAAUCUUCAAGAGUGGCAAGUUGGAGGAUAUGGACGAGGAGGAACAGGCAAAGUGGCUCAAGGGGGAGGAUGCGACGAGCGGGAAUUACAAGGGGGGUAUGUGCACGAGGAAGAAGUGCCCUCCGCAUAGACAGUGGAGGGAUAUACUGGUGAAAUCCGUCAAGUAUGAUGUCAGGGAGCUAACGAGGAAAGCGAAGGAGAGGUUGGAUGGGGAGCAGAGGGUGAGGGAUGCGGCGGCGGGGAGGUGGUUUAGGAAGGGGAUGUUUGAGGGGGAUAAGGUGGAGGUUAUUGGGGGGGCUAUUGGGGAGGUGGUUGGUGGGCAGGUGGAUGGGGCGGGGGAGGAUGUGAAGAUGGAGGGAUAG